AUGCCGCGAAGCGCCGGGUUCAAUUCCACUAUUCACAAGCGCCUACUUGAUGAGGCGAAAAGCCAGCCUACUCCUGGUUCAGUCCGCGGGCCUCUACCUUUUCUCAAUCCCACUCGAGCGCGUUUCCCUCUGGCCACGACCGCGCCGGACACUCUCAAAGCACCUGAAUCUACGGAGAGACCCGCCACGCAAGACGCGCAAGUAGAAUGGCGCGCGCGCGACAAUCGAAAGGGUACGGAUCUCAUGGUAGCUGAGUAGAACAUGAUGUUGACCACUGCCAGGUCGCCAUAUCUUGGUCGUCCCCCAUGACCACAAAUCCACCGACUCGCCACGGCUGACCCGAACGGCACCCGCCGUGCUGAGCGGCAUUUGGCGCAUGUGUACAGUCUUCGCCUGGUGGAAUAUCUCAUGGUGGAUUGGAGUGUUGUUCUCGGUAGGAAGUGCCAUCUUCGUCGUUUGCGGCUUCUUCUACUGGCUUCCAUUGGCAGCACCAAGCACCGAGUUCUCCGGUGAGUCGGUGACCGGUGGUGGUGUCACGGCUUUCAUCGGUGCUACUCUAUUCGAAGUGGGCGCGGUACUGCUCAUUAUUGAAGCGGUCAACGAGAACCAGACAGGCUGCUUCGGAUGGGCUGUGGAUCAGGCCAUUCGCGAUCACCCGGACUCAGACGCUGAAAAGCAGGGCUCGACGCGAGGUCAUGCUUAUCGUACAGAUUGCUCGCAUCAUCAUGGACGUAGUUUGCACCGCACCGCCCACCUUCAGCAUCCGGCAGCUGGUCGCAAGUGGGAAUGGUGGCCAACCUGGUGAGCCAAGGAAAGAGGUCAAAUGAAACAACACUGAUUUUGAUUCAGGCACGAACUCACGCAUCACUACUUCUUCGAGAUUGGAUUUCUCGCAUCUUUCACGGAAGCCGUCGGAGCAACGGUCUUCUACGUCAGCGGCAUCAUGUCACUCCCUGGCAUCUACGACAAGAUCUCUACGCCUGUACUCUACGGCACCUACUGGCUUGCUUACCUCGUCGGCGGCAUUCUAUUCAUCGUCAGCUCUGUACUGUACAUGUUGGAGACGCAAAAGACGUGGUGGAAACCUGCGCCAUCGGUCAUCGGCUGGUGGAUAGGAGUGUGGAACUUGAUUGGCAGUAUUGGUAAGUAUCUCUCGUUUCAUGUUCUUUUGGAUCGGUCCUGAUGAGAGCAGGUUGGACUUUGAGUGCCGCAUUCGGAUACUGCACGCCCAGCUGGUGCGAGUAUCAAAGCGACCUCUCACUCAUCUGGGCGAGUUUUGCGUUCUUGUUUGGCAGCCUGCUUCUCUGGUACGAAGCACUCGAUAAGUACCCGGUCAAGAGAGCAGCAAAGUACGAAUAG